AUGUGGCUGUUUGUCGCAAUCCUGGUUUGGAUGCAAGCACUCGUGAAUUCAGAAGAUGCCAUUGAGCAGAACAAGGCUAUAAACCCUGAGAGCUUCAUGAAUAUUAGCCAAAUCAUCUGCCACAGAGGGUACCCCAGUGAGGAGUACGAAGUCCUGACUCGUGAUGGCUAUUACCUCGGCCUGAACAGAAUUCCUCGCGGGAGAGAAAAUCCUACGAACAGAGGGGCCAAGCCAGUCGUGUUUCUCCAGCACGGGUUACUCGGUGAUGGCAGCCACUGGGUGGCAAAUCUGGGUAACAACAGCCUUGGCUUCAUUCUAGCAGACUCCGGCUACGACGUCUGGCUGGGAAACAGCCGGGGGACAAGCUGGUCCCAGAGACACCAGCGCCUCUCAGCUGACCAGGUUGAAUUCUGGGAUUUCAGCUUUCACGAAAUGGCAAUGUACGACCUCCCAGCCACGAUCGAUUUUGUUCUGCAGAAGACCGGGCAGAAGCAGCUCUAUUACGUUGGCUACUCCCAGGGAUGCACAAUCGCGUUCAUUGCAUUUUCGUCCAUGCCAGAGCUGGCUCAGAAAAUCAAAAUGUUUUUUGCCUUGGCUCCAGUGUUGACAACCAAGCACGCCAAAAGUCCCAUCACGAAAAUGUCUUUUCUUCUGGACAAGCAGUUCAAGGUGUUACAGCUGCUGCUUGGCAGAACUGACGCCUCGCUGCCAAUGAGGAAGCUGUGGAAGUUUCUCCCCGGGCUGUGCAGGCACCCGCUGCUGCACAAGCCCUGUGCCAAUCUCCUCUUUCUGCUGGGUGGCUACAAUGAGAAGAACCUCAACAUGACACGGCUCGAUGUCUACAUGUCCCACUUUCCGGUUGGAACAUCUGUCAAAAACAUGAUACACUGGGCCCAGGUGACAAAAUCAGGAGAAUUCAAAGCCUUUGACUAUGGCAGUGAAAACUGUGCCGUGUACCAUCAG